AUUUUCUGGCAGUCUAACAUUCCAAGUGUCCACUAACAGCCACUCCUCUUUGUUAGCUCACCUAAACUUGAGCCUUCGCCCAAUAAAAUGGCUGGAGCCUGCCUAGGCUCAUUUUACCCUCUCUCCCUCUUCCGUCGCCCCGCUCUCUCGCUCCACCCCUUCUCCGCCAUCCACAACGCUGCUAUAGCCACCCAAAUGGCCGACGAUAAAACUCCGCAUCCUUCACUCGACGUCAUUGGUGGUGCACGUGACGUUUUCCUCCCUGCCUUAAAGACGUUAAAUCGUCCCUACAGCCCCUACCCUCUUAUCGGCCAUAACUGCCACGUGGAGACCAUUUUCGCCUCCUUCCUGCGUAUCACCCCCAACGUCCGAUACAAGCGAGAGUGUAUCCGUACCAAGGACUCUGGCUCCAUUGCUAUCGACUGGGUAGCCGGCGACAGCCGCCGGUUGCCGCCUGAUUCUCCUGUUCUCAUUUUGCUGCCAGGUUUAACCGGAGGGAGCGGGGAUUCGUAUGUUAGGCAUUUGUUAGUUAAAGCGAGAACCAAAGGGUGGCGCGUCAUCGUUUUUAAUAGCAGAGGUUGUGGAGAUAGCCCUGUUACCACUCCUCAGUUCUAUUCGGCUUCGUUUCUAGGAGAUAUGCGUGAAGUAGUGGCUGUUGUUACCACUAGGCAUCCAAAUGCUAAUGUCUAUGCUGUUGGUUGGUCUCUUGGUGCCAACAUUCUUGUCAAUUAUUUGGGUGAGGAAUCUCAAACGUGUCCCCUAGCUGGUGCCGUGUCUUUAUGUAAUCCUUUCAAUUUGGUUAUUGCAGAUGAGGACUUCCGUAAGGGCUUUAACAUUGUUUAUGAUAAAGCUCUUGCAAGAGCUCUCUGUAAAAUUUUCAAGAAGCAUGCACUUCUUUUUGAAGAAUUGGAUGGUGAGUAUGACAUCCCAUCGGUUGCCAAUGCCAAGUCUGUUAGGGAGUUUGAUCAAGGACUAACGCGUGUUUCAUUUGGGUUCAAGUCGGUGGAUGAGUACUAUUCUAAUUCAAGCAGUUCAGAUGCCAUAAAACGUGUUAGCAGACCUUUACUUUGUAUCCAGGCUGCCAAUGAUCCGAUUGCUCCUGCUAGGGGAAUUCCUCGUGAAGCUAUCAAGGUAAACCCAAAUUGUUUGCUGAUAGUGACACCCAAGGGUGGCCAUCUAGGGUGGGUUGCAGGUGCUGAAGCUCCACUUGGCGCUCCUUGGACUGAUACUGUGGUGAUGGAUUUCCUUGAAUAUUUGGAGGGAGUUGCAUCUAAAUCCGCUGCUUCUGGUUUUCAAGCAGAAAGUGGGCAAAUUUCUCUUGAGGGCGUGCAUCACGUGGAGGAAGUAUGAUUAGCAAAUAGUGAAAGACAAAUGUUGAUAUUGCUUGUACUUAAUGGCCAUGCGAUCACAUUCCCAUUCAUUAUCCAUUAUUUUAAUAUCAUCUGAUUCUUUCACCUGUGGCAUUGUUUGAACUUAUCAGAGUCAGUAUUCCAUACUGUGAAUUUGUCACAUUUAUGUACCCAGUACACAUGAUCAUAAAGUUAUGCUUUCCAGA